CUCACACGUCCGCGCGGCGCAGGCGCGGUGGCGGCGGGGCCAUGGCGAACGCGGCACUGCUGCCCCCGGAGGCGCGGACGCCCCCUGGCGGCGGCCCCCCGUCGGGGCCAGGCAGGGCCGAGGGCAGCGAGGGCACCGAGGGCCUGUUCGUGGUGCUGGGCGCCGGGCUCGCCGCUGCCAGCCACCCGCUGCUCUACGUCAAGCUGCUUGUCCAGGUUGGGCAUGAGCCACUACCUCCAGCCAUUGGAAGAAACGUGCUGGGAAAGAAAGUACUGUACCUGCCUGGCUUCUUCACCUAUGCUAGCCACAUUGUGAAAGUGGAUGGGAAAAGAGGCCUCUUCCGUGGUCUUACUCCUCGCCUCAUCUCAAGCACUUUAUCGACCAUCACCAGGGGAAGCGUGAAGAAGGCCUUUCCACUGGAGGACAUGGAGCAUGUUUCUAACAAGGAUGAUAUGAAGACUUCCCUUAGGAAAGUGGUGAAAGAGACAUCUCACGAGAUGAUGAUGCAGUGUGUCUCUCGGGCCGUGUCACAUCCACUGCAUGCUUAUGUUUCUGUUCUCCUAGUGAUCUCUAUGCGCUGCAUGGUCCAGUUCAUAGGCCGGGAAGUCAAAUACAGCGGCGUGUUCAGUGCCAUCAUCAGGAUAUUUAAGGAAGAAGGGAUUCUGGGAUUCUUCGUUGGUGUAGUCCCUCACAUCCUGGGGGAUGUCAUCUUCCUCUGGUGCUGCAAUCUCUUGGCUCACUUCAUCAACACCUACGCAGUGGACGAUAAUUUCAGCCAGGCAUCGGUGAUCCGGAGCUACACUAAAUUUGUGAUGGGGAUUGCUAUGAGCAUGCUGACAUACCCAUUCCUUCUUGUGGGAGACCUCAUGGCAGUGAACAACUGUGGGUUGCGUGCUGGCCUCCCUCCCUAUGCACCCGUGUUCACAUCCUGGAUCCAUUGCUGGAGGUAUCUCAGUGCCCAGGUGAGGGAGUGGGGUACACACAAGUCUUUGGACUCCCUCUGCUCUUUCCCAAGGGCUCUGCACUGCCCACUGAGUACCUGUGCUGCACCCUUUAUCUGCUCGGGGCAGCUGUUCCGUGGCUCCAGCCUGCUAUUCCGCAGAGCGCCUGUGCAAGCAGCUCGCUUCCCCAUCGACUGACCCCAGCUUGCAGGGAGAGGCGAUGAACCUGGAUUCUUCAAAAGACCUUAAGAUUUUUCCAUAUAUAUAUAUCUGUUCUUUUUGAUCCAAAGGCUGUGGUGCCAGAACAAGACACUCUUCAGCAAGGCCUGCAAAAAGUUGACCUGCAGAGAUCUGGCUUCAGGCUCCAGCUUGAUCAAAGUCCCAUUCUCAUGGCUGCCUUGACCAGAGUGCAUAGAAGAGUUGUUUCUUUGUUCUGGGCUGUGAGUCUGGAGUCACAGAGGAAGUCUGGGAAACCAGAAAAUGCCCAGGUACUAAAUGAGCCUGAGAUGCCGGGACAAAAGACUGCUUUGUUCUGCCUGAGCUGAGAAGCAGCAAGAGAUCAAAGGCUGCCUUGCUGAGAAAGCAACAACACCCCA